CUUAGCUGAGAGGUUAGUAUAAAAUGAAAACAACAAUAAUCGACUUUUUUGAUGCACAGAUGUUUUAAGUAGUGAAAAGUACAUUGUAUAUUGAUUGUUAAGUCAUAUUGUAUAAUCAGGUGUAUAAACGAUUACGCAUUUCAAAAUGAAAGCCUCAAGUAUCUAUGUAGUAUUGGGAAUUUUAAGUGUUUCAUACUGUUCUGCUAUACCAAAACCAGGAGAAGACGACCAUAAAAACCGAGUUCAUGAAAAGAAAUUAAGUGAGUCCCCACAUGAAGACCAAGGAGAACACAAUAAUGAUUAUGACCAUGAAGCAUUUCUUGGGCGUGAAGAAGCUAAAACAUUUGACCAAUUAACACCAGAAGAGAGUAAAGAAAGACUAGCUAUUUUAGUUGACAAAAUUGACAAAAACAAAGAUGGUGAAGUUACAGAAGAAGAAUUAAGAGAAUGGAUACAGUAUGUACAGAAACGUUACAUCACAACAGACACAGAUCGUAUGUGGAAAGAUCAUGACAUACAGGGAGACACACUUGUAUGGGAGGCAUAUAAAAAGAGAACAUAUGGCUUUGAAGAUGACCAUAAUGAUGAGAACUCACCAAACUUUAGUUACAAAGAUAUGAUCAAUCGUGAUGAGAGAAGAUGGAAGGCUGCAGAUAAAAAUAAAGAUGGAAAAUUAGACAAAACAGAAUUUUCAGACUUUUUACAUCCAGAAGAAGCAGAACAUAUGAGAGAUAUUGUUGUACAGGAGACCAUGGAAGACAUAGAUAAAGACAAAGAUGGUUAUAUCAGUUUAGAAGAAUAUAUAGCUGAUGUUUAUGACGAGGAUGAGGAGGAUGAGGAUGAAGACUAUCCUCAUGAAGGAAAACCUGACUGGGUGGAAAGUGAAAAAGUACAGUUCAAGAACCACCGUGACAAAGAUAAAGAUGGCAAACUGAAUGCUGAGGAAGUCAUGGAAUGGAUUAUACCACAAGAUUAUGAUCAUAGUGAAUCAGAAGCACAGCAUCUUGUUUUCACAGCUGAUGAAAAUAAGGUUCGUGACAUGUGGCCAAAUCAAGAUGGGGAAGAACCUGAAUGGGUCAAAAGUGAAAGGGAACAGUUUAAUACAUAUCGUGAUAAAAAUUCUGAUGGCAAAAUGGAUCAUGAGGAGGUUAAAGACUGGAUUAUCCCCCCUGAUUAUGAUCAUACUGAUGCUGAAUCCAAGCACUUGAUAUAUGAAUCAGAUACCAACAAGGAUGGUAAAUUAAGUAAAGAAGAAAUACUUGAACAUUAUGACACAUUUGUUGGAAGCCAAGCAACAGAUUUCGGUGAAGCACUAACAAGACAUGAUGAAUUUUAAGAAUAGUCUUCAAUUAGAAACUAUGAUCAAAUUUGAGGAACAAUAUUUGUAUUUAUCAUGCUAACUAUGUGACUUCAGGGAAGUGAAAAAUAUUAACCUUUGAACCAAAGAUUAUGUGAUAUAGUGUGCUUUUGAAAAAAGCAUAAUACAUGUCAAAGACAGCAUCAUUAUACUCUAGUCAAGCUGAAGAUUCUAUUCCAGAGUGGGCUGACAUAAACAUAAACUUCAAUGAAGUUGAAAAUCCAAUUAUAUUUACAAAUGAUAUAUAUUUUUAAAAACCAAUAAUGAAUUACAAUUGUAAUAGAUCCCAAUACUACAACUUGCAAAACCAGUAAAUUAUAAAGUUUAUACAAAUGUCUCAUAUGUAUAUAUGUACUGCAAUCUACAAACAUUAGAAGUUGUAUGCUUACUUUGGAAAUUACUUUUACUUUUCAUUAAAUUGUUGACGCUUAGGUUUAGAUUUUUCUGUACAUAGAAAACCAAAUUAUACUAUAUAUGAUGAACAAGCAGAAAAUUUAUUUCUUUUUGACACGUCAGUAAAUUGUCAGUGAUGGCAUGUAAACUGUAAUUAUUUUUUUUGUACGCACGAAAUAUACAAUAUGUCGCACGUAAUAAGAUCAUUAUUGUCAAUUGAUAUUGAGGACAUGUUAUUGGAUAUUAUUGGUAAAAAGUGUGGAGAAAAAUAAUGGAAAAAUUGUUUCAUUGCUUUCACAUUUUUUCCAAUAGUGACUUGUUUUAAGGUGCAGGAAAAUUCACUUUGAUUUAUUGUACUCUGCAUUUUUGGUAAUAAGCUAUGUUUCAUCAUUCUGUUGUUAAGUGAAGAUUGAAUUCAUCCUGCUUUCCUUUCCAAAAUCACUAUUUAUUACAUUGGCUUUACCUAUUUAGGUACUUAGUUUUAUCUUGGAGUCAAUUAAGCAUAGCUUGUUGGUCAUUCCAGCAACCUUCACGUACAUUAGCUCUUGGUUUUAAAGAGAAAUGUCAUUGGCAUUACAACUACCCUAGGUUGUCUGACGAAUGCAGACUUCAUUAGGACCCAUACUUAGAAAAUGUGCAAUAAUUUCGUCAAAUAAAUAAGAAUAAUUACCUCAUUUCAGACUUCUUCAUUCACUUUUAUCAUAUCCAUUUGCUGUAAUUACACAUAUUCAAAGUUUAUACCAUAAAGUGGGUUAUUUUCCACAGUUACAGAAAAACGUGGCAAUUAAUGUAAUGGUUUCCCUAUAUAAAUUGUGAAAAUUGCAACUCGGCGAAAAUAAACCACCUUUUAUUUAAAUGACUUCAAGGUUUCAAAUAAGUUUGACAUGCUUUUAUAUACAGAUGAAAUGGUAUGAUCUUGAAUACGUUAAUCCAUGUUAACAGUUGAUGGUAUAACAGCCUAUCUAGCCUGCAUUCUUUGCCUUAAAAAAAUGAUUUUCUUGUCGAUUGAAAAGUUUUUUAGAAAAUGUUUAUUAUUUUUGUUUGUUUAUUUUUGCAUAUAUGUGGCAGGAUUAGAUAUACCAAUUUCCAUGUAUGAGUUGAACAUUUAUAUUAUACAUUAAUGAUGAUAAAAGAUAAUGCCAACAUUCAGUGCUUUAUAUUUGAGUAUUAAGUAUUUGAUUAAAGAGAUUUGAUGCCUAUCAUUUGCCUUUCAGUAUAGAUUAUGUUUUAUAUAAAGAUGGAUGUGUGUAGUAGAAGUAUACAUUGUUUAUUGUAUAAAUGCACUUUGUUAGAGAGGAUAAAACUGUGACCAGAUAGAGUUUGUUUAAAGUUUCUUUGUAGAGUUGAAAUAACUCAACUGUUUAUUAAAGCCAUUAAGAAAAUUAUACAAAAAUUAAGAAGUGUAUUUUGCAUGAAUUUUAAUAAUAUCUAACUUGUAGUAAAAGAAAAACUUAUUUAUCUAUUUAAUCAAAUAAAAUUGUAAUUGAGGUGCUUCUUAAAAAGAUCAAAAACAAUGAUUAAUUUACAUCAGAAAUAUUUUGCUAUUAUAGUAUAUCAUAAUUGAAUAAUUGUAUGCACAUGAAAAGUACAGUUAAUUGACUGUAAAAUUCUAGAAUUUGAAAGGAAAAAGUUAUUGGUAUAAAAAGUAAGAAUUAAUCAUUCUAUUCAGUGAGAGACAGGGUAAAUAUAUUUAAAAUAUUUGGUCACUUUUGGUGCUCAUCCCUCUGAAGUGUAUUGUGCAUUUAUACAAUAAUAUUUAAUGGUCAGUAGAUGACAAUUGUCUGUAGUUGUAUUAUGUUUGUUUGCUAUGUUUUUUACUGGAAUAAACUGCUCAUUGUUA